AUGGGUGACGCUGUUAAGUUGAUGGAGAAGCUGAAGAAGGAGGUGCGAGCGGUCCUUCUCACUUCUAAGAGCGGUCUGACUGUGUAUGAACUGGAGAAGGACUAUGCGGACAUGAUGAGCCGCCCUCUCCCCUAUCGCGAGUUAGGCUUCGGCAACGUGACCGAUCUAUGCCGCUCGAUGAGUGACGUCGUGUCAAUAUCGAUGAUACGUGGUAAGGUCGUGCUGGUAGGCAUACCGGACAAGGCAACGGAACAUGUCGCAAGACUCGUUCAGGGACAGAAGAACAGUGGCAGGCCGAGGGGCAGGCUGGCAGCGACUAGGCGACCCGAUCGUCCAAUGUAUCGAGCAUCUAAUGUUCAACAGUUUAACUCUAUGCCGAGUAAUCGGGUGAAGCAUGACACAACACUCACAGUUGCGCCUGCGGACCUGCGCGCACGUUUUCACGAGCUAUUGGAGAGCAAGCCGGAGGGAAUCUACAUGGCAAAUAUCAGCACUGCCUACCAGCGUAAAUUUGGUGUGCCGCUGUUGGUGUCAAAGUACGGCUUUGACAGCGUCCUCAACUUGCUGAGGGGAAUGCCGGACACUGUCGAGUUAGUGAAUCUACCGGAGGGUGGCUACACGGUGUACGGCAGGGGCAGACGCACCAACGCCCUCUUGUCGUGGCGUGACCAGUCGAGCAGUGCUGCAGCAUCACGGCCAGUCAGAAGUGGUGCGAUUGGCAAGGGGAUUGCACAGAUAGAGAGUGACACGGCGCGUAACAUCACGGUCACCGAUCUUCAUCGUCACUUCCGGGAGCUUCUCCUCGCUUAUCCGGACGGUCUCAGCAUGGGGAACAUCGGCUUCGCCUACGAGCGUAGGUUCGGUCUGCAGUUGACCUUGUCCAACUAUGGCUUCACCAGCUUCAAAAGGAUGCUGAAGACCAUGCCGGAUGUUGUAGACCUGGUGGACCUGCCUGAAGGCGGCUACAUGGUGUAUGUGGAACUGCGCUCUGAAAGCCUGCCAUCUUCCUCUGACAGCACGCAGCUCCGUGGGAAUAACGUGGCAGAUGCUGCACCUACAGGCAGCGGCGGGGCGGUCGGCAAGGAAACUCGGUCGUUUGCAGAGAUGGUCGGUGUGGGUCAUGAAAGCAACCUUAAGGAAGAUAUCGCACGGGUGCUGGCCAAACAUCCAAAUGGUAUCUGUGCUGCCGAGUUGCCCAUGGAGUUUAAGCGUGUGACAGGGAAAGAUCUACCGAUGAAGGAGCACGGCUAUUACAGCGUCAUCGACCUCGUCUCGGCGAUGUCCGACACCAUCUACAGAACGCGUCUGAACACUCACGGCGACUGGACGUUGUACGACGCUCGCAUGCGCCCGAAGAUAGAGAAGGAAUCAAAGAUAACCAGUAGUACUAGCAAUCAGUAUACUAGGAGUUCAUCACCAGAGGGAUGGCAAGAGAUGGUAAGAGAUGUCCUACUAGCUAACCCUCAUGGUGUCCUGCUACACAAUCUCCCCGGAGUGUACGAGAACAUGACUGGCCAGGAGCUCAGCGUAGCUUCACAUGGCUUCCAGAGUAUGGAAGAGCUGGUGCUCUCUCUCCGCGGAAGCUGUGCGCAGAUCAGGAUGACGGAUGACGGACACAGCAUGGUGUAUGGUAUCGCUAAGCCUCGACCCACCCGUGAUGUUGAUCGUGACACCACCACAAACUCUAAACUGCCGCUUGCGAUUCCACGUGCAUUGCCGCACCCUGCGCAUCUGACACGAAAGUUGCCCGCAGACUCCGUGGGGCCUGGUAGUAACUACAAGAGCUCGAAGCUGCCCAAAGUUGACGAGUACUUUACAAUGUAUGUGUCGGUGAUGACUCCCAAUGGGCAGGUGCACUUCCAGCGUGCAUCAAUGAAGAAGAAACUUGAUGAGCUGAUGGAUGACCUUGAACGAACGUACACGACCGUUGAGGGGGAUGCAUACGCGAUGCCGGAGAUGCUGUUUGCUAUCGGCCAGCCCUGUGCUGCCAUCUUUCCCGAAGGAGAAGACUGGCAUCGAGUUCUUAUCCUGGGCAUGCCCAGCAUCGAAUACGUCGAGGUGUUGUUCAUCGACUACGGCAACGUGUGCCACGUGCUCCGCGACAACUGCAGGAUGCUGAGAGCGAGGUUUCUCGGGCCGCCCGCCGCCGCCAUGCUCGGUCGCUUUGCCAACAUCGUUCCCGUUGGGUCACGAACCUCGUGGACGAACGCCGCCGUGAAUUACACGCUGGGGCUCGUCAGUAACGUGGAACUUGUCGGCCGUAUUGUUUCCGUCGACGCGGUAAUGGCAUGUCCAUGCGCAGUCCGCGUGUGA